UACUUAGGAGUACUAGGUUAGGCCAAAGCUAAUUAAUAGUAUUGAGGCUACCACUGGGUAUGACCCUUCUGGCGAAUUGGCCUAGCUACUAUAGGCUAACGUUUGUAUGACAUUUAGGUAGUAGAGCCUAGACUUCGCUAUAUUUAGUAGGCUGGUCUCCGAAUGGCCCAGUUGCCCUUAACUCCUGGUGGUUGCCUCUUAACUUUAGGUAGCUGGGAUUCUCCAGCAUUUUCUUCCAGUUUGUUGUUUCAAGAAGGACAGUGGUUACCCUGUCUUUGGCUGUAGGAGGGUUUUGAGAGGCAUAAAGAAAGGACAUUAAGUGAAAAUUUGUGCUGUAUGAUUAUGCAAUACUAACUUUAUGUGAAAAAUGCCAUUUGAAAAUGAUUUGAAACAACAUAAGUGCCCAAUUUGUGACAAAAGUUAUAAAAAAAAAAGUACUUUAAAAAAUCAUUUGAGUGCUCAUGCUGGUGUUAGGUCACACAUAUGCAAUAUAUGUGGUAAAGGAUUCACUACAAAGGACUACCUAUCAACUCAUGUGAAGUUUCACACCUCAAAAAAGCCUUUUGUAUGCCCUAUAUGUUCACACAGUUUCUCAACUCGAGGAAAUUUCAGGAGGCACACCCAAAGGCACAAGGGAGAAAAAAACUAUAUUUGCAGGAUUUGUCAGAAAGGAUUCACAACAGAUAGUAACCUCUUAGUGCAUAUGAAAACACAUUCAUCAGAAAGACCUCAUGUGUGCUCUAUAUGUAAUAAAGAUUUUCUCUUUAGAGGAGCCUUGCAGAGACAUGUAGAUAAUGUACAUUUAGCUGAGAAAUUAGAUGUUUGUAGUGUAUUUAGUGUUGGGGGUUUCCUGACAGUAAGGAAAAGACGAGAGUCUUUUGAAAAAGCAUAUUUGUGUAAAGUAUGUGAAAAAUAUUUUGAUGACAGAAUUAUCUUUAAAAGACAUUUACAUAGUCAUGAUGGGAAGAAAACUUAUGUGUGUGGAAUAUGUAGUAAAUGUUUUGAGAACUAUGUUGAUUUAGAGUGGCAUUUACGGAGUCACUUGGGAAUGGAGCCUCAUGUGUGCACCAUCUGUAAUAAAAAGAUUUUUCAGAAACUAUCGUCUUACCAAGCAUAUGAAGAUUCAUGAACGAGAGAAUCAACAGGAGCAAAAUGAAAAAGAAUUAGUUUUAGGUGAAUAUUCUGAUGUCAGUAAUAUCAGUGAGCCAACUUUUACACCUUGCAAGUGUGCUCAUUGUAAUAAGGAGUUCCGAUCCAAGCACUUACUUAAUCAGCAUUUGAAGAACCACUAUGACGAAAGACCAUUUGUUUGCAGUUUGUGUGGGUUGGGAUUUAUUUAUAACAGUAGGCUGAAAGCACAUAUGACUACUCAUACUCAAAUACUACAGAAAACUGUAGUGCAGCAAAAUGAAGUCAACAUAGGCAAGCUUAAAACUGUUCUGCAAGAUGAUACUGAUGAUGAUUUAAGCAAAGUGAUGCUCAAAGAACAUAUUUUGAAAGAAGAAUAUGAAACUGACUGUGGUGAAAUGAAAUCUCUAAGCACUAUAAAUAUUGCAGGACAUGGAAGCGAACUAGCAGGCUCAGCCACUAAUGAAACUGAUGAUGGCUCUGUAGUGAUCAAGAAUGAAUAUAUUUUAGAUUGGAACAGUGGAAGAAGUUAUGCCUGUGACAGGGAAUAUAUUACAGUGUAUUCAGGAAAUGACUUGAUAGAAAAUAUUUCAGAUGAAGAUUUUUGCACCCAGAAUGAUGAUAAUGCUGUGGAUCCCUUGGCGUAAUACUACAACCUUGUCUGGUUGAGGAAAGAUUUUCUUUGUGAAAGGAGAAAAUCAGAGCGAUGGAUAAAGUUUAUAUGAGAGAAAAUAGAUCUUUAAACCAAGAUAAAGAAGAUAGAUCUUUAAACCAAGAAAAAAUGGAAGAGGAAAUUAUGAACACCAGUGCUAUAGUAAAACCAUUUUCUUGCCCUGUUUGUGGCAAAAGGUUUAUUAAUAAAAGCAACCUGGCAAGACACGAGUUCAUUCAUACUGGCAAAAAGCCUUUUACCUGUACUCUGUAACAGAAAUUUUGGAUGUGCUGGAACGCUUAAAGGUCACAUGAAAAGACAUCGGGGAGACAAAAGUUUUGGUUGCUUAAUUUGCGGUAAAAGAUUUGUAACUAAUAGUGAACUUACACGUCACACAACUACUCAUUCAGAAGUAAAGCCUUACCAGUGUCAUGUAUGCCGUAAAGAAUUCCGGAUGCUAGGAAAUCUUAAUGUACAUCUAAAAAUUCACAAGGGAGAAAAGAACUUUGCAUGUGAAGUGUGUGGGAAGCAAUUUAGGCGUAGCAAUCAAUUAAAAGAGCACAAUAAAGUUCACACAGGAGAAAAACCAUAUGAAUGUACAGUGUGUGGCAGAAAAUUUGCCAAGCAGUAUCAGUUAGGAGAACAUAUGAAAGUUCAUACUGGUGAAAAGCCAUUUCAUUGCAACGUAUGUGGGAGAAAGUUUGCUCGUAACACUCGCCUGAGGUAUCAUCUCAAAAUUCACAGUGGCGAGAAGCCCUUUGAAUAUAGGUUUUAUGAAAAGAAAUUUGAGGAACAUGCAGCGUUACAAGAUCAUCUUAAAGAUCACACUGAAAAGAAGCCAUAUUCUUGCUGUGAAUGUGAAGAGAAAUUUGCUCUAGAUGUAGAGUUCAAAGAUCAAAAUAUACAUGUAGAGGGUGAGCCAACUGAAAAAGUCCAAAAGUCAUAUCCAUGUGUUAUCUGUAAAAAGAAGUUUCAAACCAAUGUUCUUCUCAGUAAGCAUAAGAAAAGCCAUAUUGAGAAACUUUUCAAAUGUCACAUAUGUUCCAAAUCAUAUGCAGCUUAUUUUAAGUUGAAAAAACAUGUAAGAAAAACUCACCUAACUAAAGAAUCUGCUUUAUGUUCAGAUGCUAAUAUGAAUAAUGUUGGUAGUAUUGUUACAUUUGACACUGAAGAUACUGGCUACAUUGUCAAAGAAGAAUUAAGAGAUGAAGAAAAUGUAGUUGAUCUCUCAUGUGGUAUUGGAAUUAUGAAAAAGGAGGGAAUGCUAUUUCCAGUGAAGACUGAAAAAAAUCUAGGGGGAGAAUGUCUUUUUAAUCAAGAUAGCAAUGAUGAACUAAUGGAUGGACAUACUGCUGUGUUUGUAAGAGAGUCACUUGCUGAUGUCUCCAGUGAAAUAGAGGAACGAGACACAGAUCCUUUGGCAUGAAAAUUGAGCACUCAUCACAAUUAGUAUAAAGUGUAUGCUUUUUCAUUCGUACUCUGGAAGUUUUAGUGUCGUUAUAGAUCAUUUAAUGGAUGCUACUGAUAUUUGCUAAUCUGGUUGGUAGUGGGGCAAUGAAAACCAAUAAACCAUUCUUUACUGUAUGCUGAUGACAAGAGCAAACAAGAAAUCUCAAGUAAUCUGCAAUUCUAGCAAUUAUAGCUCAGAUUAAGGAUAGAAAACCUGCCUAGUAGCUGUUUUCUUAGUUGUCAUUUAGAGCACUUGGUUUUUUGUGGUUACAUUGAGGAAAAUGAAGAAGGUUGACUGCUAAGUGAAAAGGGUGGUUGUCUACAAUUUUAGUCUUAUUUAAAAAUAAAAUGUUUUCAUAGAA